GAAACCUUCUGAUCCAAUUCUAAAUCCAAUUCUAAAGGAGAUAACAUUACCGCCUUCAACAAGGUUACAGCACAAAUCAUUCCCCAAAUGCACAUUUUAUUUUAGAAAACCAUAGAUGAUGGAUGGAAUUACGAAACAAUUGCACAAAGAUGUCUUAAUUUAUAUUGUUUUAAGGUUUCCCCUGAGAUCUCUCAUGCGAUUCAAGUGCAUCUCUAGAACUUGGUAUAUUUUCUUACAAUUCCCUACUUUCAUCAAUCUUCAUCUAAAUCGCAGUACAACAUCUAGAAAUGAAUAUAUUCUCCUCAAAUAUUCCAUCAAAUCAGAAGUGGACCAAUAUAAAAAUGUAUUGUCUUUUCUUUCCAGUAAUGACUAUGAUGACCUAAAUCCUGUUUCUCCAGAUAUAGAUCUACCAUAUUUAACCUCUUAUCGCAGUCUUUCUCAUCAACUUAUAGGUCCUUGUCGUGGUUUGAUUGCUUUAACGGAUCUUGAAGAUAUUGUUUUGUCGAAUCCAUCUACUAGAAAAUACAGGCUUCUCCCACAUCCAAGAUGCACGAUUGAUCCGGGACAAGAGUUGACGGAGAUUUGGAUAAUGAAGGAGUACGGUAUAAAUGAAACCUGGAUUCAGAAAUAUACAAUUAAACCUCUUCCCAUUGAAUCUUCAUUAGCAAUCUGGAACGAUCAUUUGUUGCUUCUUCAAAGAAUAAGUGGAAAUUUUAGUUCAUAUGAUCUUAUUUCUGAUGAAGUCAAGGUAUUCAAUUUCCGAGGUUGUCCUAGUACUAUGAGACUUCUAGUUUUUAAGGAAAGCUUGACUACAAUUCCAAGAGAAAGUAAGCAUGGUACAAAAAUUCGAACUUUUUGAGUAUAGCUCUAAAACUUGGGGAUCGUUUUGGUAGAAAGAUAAGUUAUUCCAUGUAGAUGAGAUUGGGUGAAAUAAGAUGAUAUUACUAAUCUUGCUCUUUAUGUGGGAUUACUAAUCCCACCUUUUAUGCCAUCUACAUGGGAUUGGAUGGGACAUCAAAAAAGUUAUCCCACCAACCAAACAUAAAAUUAAUUUCAAUUCCAUUGAAU